AUGUCUUCUCAGGGCGUUUCUGCCACCUUCAAGGGUAGUCAGCAUAACCCCGGCCAAGGAAGCACGUCUGCUUUGCCUCCUCACCUGAGGAAGAAGCCCGCUGAGGGUGAUUCUUCUCCCUCGUCUGCCCAGACCACUCAGUCUACUCAGGCCGACAAGCAACCUGCCCAGCCUGCUCAAUCUACUCAGACCGCCAGUCCUACACUGUCUACCCAGCCUGCUCAGGCUGCCAAGAUACAGACGCCAAUUGCUGCCGUUGCUCCUCCUAGUACCAAGGUCUCUUUGCCCAGCGAGGGACGUAUGGAACAUGAGCAUGCAAAGGCCAACGACUCCGCUUUGCCUUCUGACAGACAGCUGUUCUCGUCUACUUGCAAGGGAAAGAUUGGAGGCCCUGGUGGAUCCUGGGAAGAUGUCAUCGUCAAACUCAAGGUCGUCUUCACCGAGAAUCGCCCCGAGGGCCACGCCAUGUUCGUCAUGGAGUACAAGGACAUUCUCACCAAGAGCCACGGUCUGGAAACUUACCGCUGCGUUUACGCAAAGGGUGUCUUGGUGAUCUGCAGCUUUAUCGAUUCCUCAAACGACAAGCCCCGGGAAGAGCGAUACAGCUUCAGGUUCCCAGACGAGAGCACUGGAGUGGGGUUUAACCUGCAAUGCGACAACAUCAAGCGUGUGAUGGAGUACAUCCUGAAGCACGCCAUCCCUGCAAAGAGUGAGGCGGUCGAAUCCUCGGCCAAACAGGAGGCAGAGGCAGAGUCGCUUCCCGAGACGCCUUCGGAGAAGACGGUAGUGGGCACUCCCACCCCCGAGCCUCUUUCGAAGAUGGUUGCUGCUUCCAAGACCGAUGUCGAUCAAAAUGCCUCGAAGACUACAGGCCUUGAGGAUGCCUUCGACAAGCUCGCACUUGAUAAGGUCAAGGGCUCCUCAAUGUACACGGCGGAGCGUACGGCGGAACGUAGGCAGUACGGUGCCGAGCAGCUCCUCGAGAGACGUUCGUCAGCUGAGAUGCCUCCCGGCAUCAAGGAUGUCAAGAUUCCUCUGCAGAAAGACCGAGGUGGUCGAUUGCCUCCUCAUCUCCAUUCCAGCCGUCGCCAGGAGUCAAGCGCCGAUCUGCAGGCCAAGGCCAAGCUUCACCAGGAGUGGCUGUCCGGUAACAAGACUACGGCUGAUCUUCAUCAAGAGAGCGUCGCGAGCCAGGAGGUUCCCGUCCCUGAUUCUACUGUGGCUCCUGCUGGAAAAAGCGAUACUUUGGUCGAGGUUGAGAUCAACAAUCAGAUGGUCCAGACGCCUAUCAAGGAGGCUCCCAUCAUCCAGGAGUCUGAGCCUGCGCAGGAGGCUCCUUUGCAGAAGCCCGAGUUUACUGAGGCAAGCGCCGCUGACGAGUCGCUGAUCUCAUUCAAGACCAGCAAGUCCGAGGUUGACUCUGCUGUCUCCAUGCAGCCCACCUCCACUGCCCCUACCGUUCAGGAUGAGACGCUCAACACCAGUCUUUCUCAAGAGGUCGGCACCGCAGUGUUCAUGGCUGAGUCGACUGCUAAGCAGACUGACGCAGCCACCGCUACUGAUAACUCAGAGCAGCUAACUCCUGUCAUGCCGCCUGCGCAGGCCACCCCCCACCCGAGCUAUAUUCACGGCGUCCAGGGCAUGCCUCCCCAGAUGCCAACUCCCAUCAUGAGAUCUCCUCACAUGGCCGGUCCCGCUAUCUACCAUCCGUAUGGAGCUCAGCAGAUCAUUGAGUCUGCGAUGCAGCAGCACUUGCCCGCUAAUGGAGUCUUGCACGCCAUCUCCGUGACCUACCACGUCAGCCAGGGACCUUCCUCCGCUCAACAGAACGGCGGCCAUCAGCCUGCGCCCACCAUGUAUAACAUGACUCAACAGCUGAACACUGGCACAGGCUUUUCGCCUAGAGCGCAGGUCUUCCAGCCUGUUGUCCAGGGCCAGACUGUCAACAGUAACGGACCCAAGAUGCGUCGUGGCCUCGAGAGCUCGAGAUUUGCCACUGGAUUCUCUGGUGCCAAGUACGCGGGCUCGUUCACCGGAAUCGCGGCUGAUGAGUAG